AUGAAUAAGGAAUAAGAUGAUUAGGAAAGAUAACCAAUACUAAUUGAAAAAGAUAAUUAAUAUUUCGAUUGGGAAUCAUUUAAGAAAUAAUAUUAUCAAUAAGAAAAUAUAUUAUAGACAGCUUUGAAAUCAUUAAAUGAAUUACAUAGUGAUAUUUCAAGAAAAUUAAUUUAAUUAGAGUAUGCAAUAUUUGUAGCAUUAUAGUAAAUCAGAUCCAAUUUGUGAAGAAGAUGAAUAAGAGAAUAGAAAAUAAUUUCAAUCUAUAGAUAUUAAAAAGUAUUAAGAUUAAUUUGAUGAUUUAAAUUUGAUUAUGAGUACAAUGUCUAGAAUGCUUAAUGAAUAUACAAUUAGUCCAGAAGAAGUCUAAGCAAAAUUAAAGAAUAAUAUGUUAAGAAGAUUUAAGGAAAUACAUUAAGAACAUGAUAAAGAAGUUUUAAAAUUGAAAGUACUAACUUGAAAGCAUUAAUAGUAAGCUAUGAAAACAAAUAUCUAAAAAUAUGAACUAUUUAAGGAUGCAAUCAAAAACCAAAAUACUUAAGGAAAUUAAAAAUAUAAAAGAGAUUAUUAAUUUAAUGAUUUUCUCUCAAGAGGAGUUAAUUAAGCAUCUCAUGUACUCGAUAUGGCUUCAACAAUCCAUUCAAGUCUUGAAGAUUAAGGCUAUAGGGUAUCCUCUAUAUAAAAUAGAGUUACUGAAUAUAUAGGUAUGUUAUCUUUUGAUCAAUAGGAUAAUUUGAAGGAAUUAACUAAUUGAUUAAUGGUAUAAGGUAUCAUAAAAAUAAGGGUUAAAUACUAUUAAUGGGUUUAAUAGCAUUAUUAGUUGUGAUAAUUUUAUUUAAAUUGAUGUGA